GCACCCCCCGGCCCUCGGCCCCGCGCCGGGAGCGAGGCUCCCCGGGCUCCCGCCGUCCCUGUGCCCCGGCCCCGCGUUCACCCCGAGGGACGGAAGGCAGCCAGAGAUCCAGGGGUUCGGCACAGAGCUUCCCAGGGCAGCCUGGAAUGUGCUCUCCCACAGCCAGCUUGGCCUUCCAGCCUGGACCACUUGUGCAUGGCCUCCUUGGAUGCUCUAUGAGCAUCUCUCCAUCCGGGAUGCUCCUCGAGCAUCCCUCGGUCUGGGAUGCUCCAUCCCUCCGGUGCUCAGCUGGAAUAAAGUCAGGUGAUCAUUUGAUCCCUGAGAACAUCCUCUGCCUAUUUUUAACUGAUUGCUUCCUCCUCCAUAGUUGAGAGAAAUGUUGUUCCUCCCCCACGUCAUGUUUCUUCAAGCGGCGUUGCCCUUCCCCCCCCAGGGCUGCUUCCCAAUCCGGGUGCCUGCCAGCCCCCAGGCCCAAGUUUGCACAGCCCCAGGCACCCCUUGCCCUCUGCCCUGUCCCACUGUGCCCACGGGUAAAGCUCCCAUUGCCCAUUCCCACCCUGUGCUUUGCUGGCCGUCGAGGUGAAGCCACUGCCUGCAGGGGUGUGGGAACAACUCUCCUAGAAGCACGAGGCCUCUUGUCACACACCCAGAAUCUGAUGGAGUUUUGGCUGUGCCAAUGCAUGCAGGUGGGGCAGCUGGAGAAGCUGCUGCUCUCCUGGCAUUUGUUGCAGGAGCACCUGCAGAGCCCCCCAGCAGCUCCAGUCUCUGCUGUCUCAUUGCUGCAGCUCCAGAGCUGAGGUGGCCCUGGUUCUCCAAAGCAUUGGCUCCCCCAUGAAGCCACGUCUCCUUCAUGGCCCCACGGAAGCCAAGUGGGGUUUGGUGGCUUCUCUUUCAAAGCAUGCACAUUGAUGGUGGGAUGGGCCGCUGGCAUUGGCGGUGCAGGCUGCUCCUGGCUCCUGCUGCUCCCAAGUGACCCCUUCCAGCUGCUCCCAUCCCCAAACCACAGCUCUGCUGUCCCUAUUGCAACACCAGUGGUCACAGAGACUGAAAAUAGGAUGUCUGUGGCAGAGAAUGGAGGUACUUCGUGGUGGGAGGGCCAUGGUCUGCCCUCUUCCACAGUUGCUUCCUAGGUAUUCAUGUCCCCUUGUGCUGGGCUGGCCUGUCACCAGAGGGGAGGGAUGGUGUCCUGGAGGGAUUGGGCAGAGGAGUCCACUCACUGCUCACUGUUUCCCUGCAGGUGGGGCUGGGGCCUUACUUGGGUGUGCCGGGGGCUGUAUGUGACACCCCACCCCAAUGGCAGCCCCUGCCAGGCCAGCUGUGGCCCCCACCGAGGCUACCAGCCAGUCCUCCCACUCAGUCCAGCUCACUUAGACCAGAAGAGCCCAUGAGGGGCUCAGUGUGUGCUCAGAGGCUCAGUCUGGAAAAGCCGAGCCUUUCCCAGUCCCACUCCUAAACCACCACAGCACAAACGAGAUUAAAUUCACCCUGAGGGGAUUCCCUGGCUGUGGGAGUUUACUCCUGGUUGCAGCAUCACUGAAAUUAAAACUCCCUCCUUCCCUGGCCUCAGGAGAGCUGCAGCCAGGUCAUGUGAAUGCCAUGGCAAGGACUGGGCUGACAGUGCCCAGGGCAAUACCACCUGCCAGAGCAGAGGGACAGGCAGUUGAUGGGGGAUGUGGGCUUUCCUGCUCACUCCCCUCUCCCCUUCCAAACCCAGGAAACAUCUCCUGUAUGGAGGGACAAGCUUCUCAUUUUGUCUUUUCCACUUGGUGCUCCUCUUUUUCCUACUGUGGAUGCACAGAGCACUGCAGCCCCCGAAAAAAUUCUUCCAGGAGCCCUGGAUGAUGCCCUGAGCUACUUGGUCCACUUCAGAGCCCAGCAGAGAUGGGCACGACCUCACAGCUGCCCCAGCAGCUCCAUGUGCCUGGCAGCCACUGGGACGGGCAGGGCAUCCUCAGCCGGUGUCCUCCCAGCACAAGGGCAGCAGCUGACACAGAGAUUCAAGGCAUCUUUCAGAGCAAAAAAGAGACUUUUUCAUCCUGCUGAGGCCCAGCAAACCCCUGCCCCACUGCUUUGCCAUCUUGGAGCCGGGUGUCCAGUGUGCGGCUUCAUUUCCCAGUGGGCCUCAUCUGCCAGAGGAAGCAAGGAAUUAAAGCAGAGUCCUUCCUGCAGCGGAGCGAGUGGAUGUUCCAAGGCCUCUGGUUUGCAGACCCAGACUCCUUCCUGAAGUCUGCGCGCCUGCAGCGCCUGCCCUCGUCCUCCUCGGAGAUGGGAAGCCAGGACGUGUCCCCUCUGCAGGAGACCAGCAAGGACCCCUUCUCCGGAGACUGCAGCUGCCGGCACGACGGGCUGACUGUCAUCAUCACCGCCUGCCUGACCUUCGCCACGGGCGUCACCGUGGCCCUCAUCAUGCAGAUCUAUUUUGGGGACCCUCAGCUGUUCCACCGCGGCGCCGUGGUGACGGACGCCGCGCGCUGCACCGCGCUGGGCACCGAGGUGCUGGCCAGGCGUGGCUCCUCGGUGGAUGCGGCCAUCGCCUCAGCCCUCUGCGCCGGCAUCGUCAACCCCCACACCUCGGGGCUGGGAGGGGGCGGGGUGAUGCUGGUCCACGACAUCCGCAAGAACAGGAGCUGGGUGAUCGACUUCCGUGAGGUGGCUCCCCUGGGCAUCCCACUGGAAGAGGACCUGCUGCAGGACACCAAGCCAGGUCUGCUCGUGGGGGUGCCAGGCAUGAUCCAAGGAAUGCACCAGGCACACCAGUUACAUGGCAGACUCCCAUGGUCAGAGCUGCUGGGCCUCACGGCCGGUGUCGCCCAGAACGGCUUUAAUGUCACACACGACCUGGCCAAAGCCCUGAGUGAGCUGAAGGACCUGAACUACUCUGACCGAUUCCACGAGCUCUUCCUGCCCGAUGGGCAGCCCCUGCUGCCUGGAAUGUUCGUCCGGCGGCCGGACCUCGCGGCCGUGCUGCAGCUGCUGGGGGCAGAAGGGGUGUCAGCCUUCUACAGCGGAAACCUGACCCAGGAGAUGAUCUCCGAGGUCCACAACUACGGAGGAGUCUUGGUGGAGGAAGAUUUCAGCAAUUACAGUGUCACUGUGGAGGAUCCUGUGCACACAAUCUAUCGAGGUCACCUUGUUUUCACUCCCCCACCUCCACAUGCAGGUCCUGCCCUGAUCGCAGCACUGAACAUCCUUGAGGGCUUUAACAUCACAAGUCAAGGAUCCAGAGGGAAUAUCUUGCACUGGAUGGCAGAGACAUUAAAAAUAGCCCUGAGUUUGGUGAGCAACCUGGGAGAUCCAUCUGGUGACGUGUCUGUCACUCACACAGCAGAAGGCAUGGUGAGUAAAUCAGAAGCCAAUUCCCUGCGCCAGCUGAUCAAUGACUCCCAGUCCUUCCCGUCCGAUCUCCGCGUGCCUCAGCUCCCCCUGGGGAGCGGGACCGCCGCCAGCCAGGUCCUUGUCGUGGGCCCCGACGACUUCAUCGUCGCCGUGGUGAGUUCUUUGAAUCGUCCCUUUGGCAGUGGAAUAAUAACACCAUCUGGAAUCCUCCUGAACAGCCAGAUGUUGGACUUCUCCUGGCAAAAUAAAACAAUGAACCACUCCAUUCCCAGGCUGCAAAACCUCCUUCAGCCUCGGAAGCGGCCGCGGUCCUUCCUGCUGCCCACCAUCGUGAGGCCCUCCGAGGGGAUGUGUGGGACCUACCUGUGUCUGGGGGCCAGCAACGGGGACAGAGCCCUGAGCAGCAUCGUCCAGGUUUUGGUAAAUGUUUUAACAUUUAACAAGAAUCUGAGUGAAAGUUUGUCCCUUGGUCGACUUCACCCCCAGCUUCAGUCCAACACCUUGCAGGUUGACAGUGAGUUUCCUGAGGAAGAUAUUGAAUUUCUCGUGGCCAGGGGCUAUCAGGUGGAUAAAGUCCCAGUGGUGUCCCUGGUGCACGGGGCCAGGAGAACCAACAGUUUCAUCAUUGGCCUGAAGGACCCCAGGAGUGCAGAUGCUGCUGGAGCCACGAUCUUGUAGCACCUCCCAGGGGACGUGUUCUGUGACCAAGGCUGACACAACCCCAGUGAUGUGCAUGUUCUGAAGUGGCCCCUUCUCCAGCCCCACACACUGCUGAGAAGAUGUUCUGCACUCCCCACCCUGACAGCACCAGAGGAGUCGGCAGCACCAACAUCCAGCUCUCUUUUUAUUUUUCAAUGAUUUGGAUUGCAAGCAGCCCAGUCCUUGUUACAGGAGUGGCAGGAGCACACUUUUCUUUUGGCAGUCUUGCUAAUAGUUGAGUCUUUCCAAAGCCCAGUUCUAGCCUGAAUCUUACUUUUAGGGAGCAGGAACAUGAGCAAAGGAAAAAACGGCUGCUGCUGCUGAUGUUAUUAUUGAUGAUGAUGUUAUUAUUGAUGAUGAUUAUCCUCAUCUUCAUGUCUUUCCCAAGUUCCUUCUUUGCCUCCAGGGUAAGGCAGUAAUUAAUACAGCCCAAUGUAGUGUUUGUGGGUGUCUGCAGCUGGAAUACUGCAGAGUCUUCCAACACUCUGUCUGGGCCAGCUGAUUUUUACCAGCGUGCAGCAUCCCAGGGAAGUUCCUGUGCUCACAUCACUACCUACCUUGAAUUUUGGCAGUAAAUGUUUUGAAUCCAGUUGCUGCACAGACUCACUGGCAGUCUGAUUCUGUAACCAGAGCAAUGGUUUUCAACAGCUCUAACAAUUUCUUCCUCUAACAACUUGUGCACUCCCCAGUAGUUCUCUUACAGAAGUUCAACCUCCUCAGUGAUGAAUUUCAGCUCAGAGGUAACAGGUUUAACUUUCUUAGACACUUUUUGGAGAUAUCUUAGCAGUACUCCACACAGUUGUGAAAAACCACAGACCACGGCCUGAAGACCACGUGGAGAGCAUUUGGGUGGGUUCAGAGCUUUCCUUCCGCUGCCUUAUCUCAGUCUGUUCCAAAAGCCUGUGUCAUUCCUUCAGAGAGGCUUGGGAAUUUCUGCUGACUGAAUUCAUGGCUGUAACUUAGCUCCAUGUUUUAGUACUAGUGAAGCUAUUGGAAAAGCUGAAAAGAGUGAGAGAAAAGGUACAAACCAAACCAAACACUACUGAGAUAAUUUUAUGUCCACAGCAUGUAGUGAAAAUAAAAGAAUGCUCCUGCAUUUUGUGUCUGAAAUUGAGAAGGGAAGAAUACCCCAGCUGACAUCUGCACUACGUCAUUCAGCCCACAUUUGGACAUUUCCUGCUCUUUUUGCUGGCAAGUUAGAGACACCUGGCACUAAAAAAUUCUGGAGUUUGAUCAUUUUCUAUGGUCUAAAAUGUGAUGUUUUCCUUCAUGGUGCAAAUGCACCCAUGGCCACUGUACAUAUUAGAUAUGUAUGUCUGCUUAUGGGUGUCUUGCUCUUUGAUUUGAUGAUCGCACCAUUCACCCUGACCUUCCUCCCGAGGCACCCUGUGGCACCCUGUUUGUGCCACUUGAUGCCAUGGAGAGUGUGUGGCUCGUUUUGGGGUAGUCAGGGUCACAGGGCAGAUAAUUGGAGUAAUUGUUCCUGCCACCCAAGAGCUGCAGAUCUCAGAACACCCAGUGAAGCAUGUUGGGCUGAGUGACAAGAGAGGUGUUUUCAUGCUCUGCUGAAGUGCAGCCACUCAUGAGAGGAGCACAGCAGCUCCCACUGACAGGACCAUCAGUAGCAUUUCCUGUUCCAAGUGCAUCCAUGCCCUCAGCUGGGACAGGGGAAGCAAAAUGUUGUAUCUGAGGUAUGUUCUGUGCCACCAAGAAGAGACUUUCUUCACCACAGGGACAUCAAAUCUAUUUAUUUAUUUUUCUGCCAUCAGCACUAGAGUUGGUCACUGCCCGAAGAUGGAGAGUUCAUAAAUGUGUCUUGGAGCAGACCUCUCCAGGCUUCACAGGAAGGCAAGAAGGCAGUUUUGUGUGUUGAACCCCUCUGGACAUGAUCUGGGGGUUUCUGGUCUGUCCCAGCCCAGAUCUGCCCCUUGGGCAUGGAGGUUCUCUAUGAACAGCUGCAAAAUAUGUGGUGAAGUCACUGGCAGUGCAGGACUUUGCAUGAAAUGUCACAAAACACUUUGAAAGAUGAAAUUCCUCCUUACUAACUGAAUUCACCAACUUCUGAUGCUGGAUUCUGUGUGUAUGUUUGGGAGUAAAAGACUUUGGUCUUGAUUCAAAAGGGCACUCAUAUGUCCCAAAGUACAAUUGCACAGCAAUUAUCCAGAAUCUUAAAAUAAAGCAUGUUCCAAGGUGUUCUGCUGGAUCAUGGCCUGUAUUGCAAAAAAAGAGAAAACCGAAAAUGAUUGGAAGAUGAGACCUAUGCCCCUAGGCUAAGAGAAGUAAAGGUAUUCUGAAUUAUUUCCCAUUUUUUUCUGUUUAAAAGCAGCAUCAGUAUAGCACAGAUGUAUCCAACAUGGACACCUUUAAUCUGCUAACUGGCCCAGUGUCUCUAGUAUUUUGAGCCCAUCUGUUGUGAUCUGAUUAAUUUAACAUCUAAUGAAUUUAAGAGCUGACAAAUUUAACGUGAGGUACCAAGAAAUACCUGAUGUUUCCCUCAGUACAGGUGAGAUGGACAUUGCGAAAUAAAGGGCUGUAUUGCAGAGA